AUGGGUUUUGUUCUUAAAACUCUACCUCUAUGUCUUAAACCCAACACGCCCUCUCUUUUCCCUAGCCAUUUGCUUCAAAACAACAGUUUUUCCUCCAUGAAACCCGCAAAACACGACGUUUUGUUACGUGUUAGGGCUACUACUGAGCGAGGUAGUGUCGAUCUCGAGAGUACUCGUCCCUUGGCUAACUUUCCUCCCUCGUUUUGGGGUGAUCACUUCCUCUCCAUUCAAGUCGACGAAUCUGGUUUUGAUGCACUCGCGGUAGAGAUUGAAUCGACGAUGCAGCCAAAAGUGAGAGAAAUGCUCUUGUUUUCUGAGAGCUGCGACAAGGAGAGGAUUCGUCUCAUCCACUUGCUUAUCAGUCUAGGUAUAGCACACUAUUACGAGGAAGAAAUCGAGGAGCUUCUUAACCAAGCUUUCAAGAAGUUGGACGCAUUAAUUGAAGAUGAAGAUGAUUUGGAGACCAUGGCCAUCAUGUUUGAGGUUUUCAGGUUAUACCGACACAAGAUGUCCUGUGAUGUCUUUGAUAGAUUCAAAGGUGAAGAUGGAAAGCUGAAAGAAAGUUUAGGCACGGAUAUUAGGGGAAUGCUACAGUUGUAUGAAGCAGCGCAUCUUGGGGCACCAUCGGAAGAUAUACUGGACGAAGCGCUGAGGGGCACCAUCGGAAGAUAUACUGGACGAAGCGCUGAGUUUCACAAGGAAACACUUGGAGUCCUUGGCAAAGAGUACUAG